UGCGUAGAGCGGCGCGCCCAGCGUGCUGGGGUCUGGAGCGCACGCGUCGUGCGUCCCGAGCUCGGAGUUGGGCUCGGCGCCGCCGGGAAGGGCGAACGGUUUGGCCCGCCAUGUUCUCCUUGACGCUGCGGGCCAAGGCGGCCGUCCUCACCGCGCAGUGGGGAAGACCUACAAGGAAUUUGCAUAAGACAGCUGUGCAAAAUGGUGCUGGAGGAGCCUUAUUUGUGCACAGAGAUACUCCUGAGAAUAACCCAGACACUCCAUUUGAUUUCACACCAGAAAACUAUAAGCGGAUAGAGGCAAUUGUAAAAAACUAUCCUGAAGGGCAUAAGGCAGCAGCUGUGCUUCCAGUCCUGGAUUUAGCCCAAAGGCAGAAUGGAUGGUUGCCCAUCUCUGCUAUGAACAAGGUGGCUGAAGUUUUAAAAGUACCUCCAAUGAGAGUAUAUGAAGUAGCAACUUUUUAUACAAUGUAUAAUCGAAAGCCAGUUGGAAAGUAUCACAUUCAAGUCUGCCCUACUACACCUUGCAUGCUUCGAAAUUCUGACAGCAUACUGGAGACCAUUCAGAAAAAGCUGGGAAUAAAGGUUGGGGAGACUACACCUGACAAACUUUUCACUCUUAUAGAAGUGGAAUGUUUAGGGGCCUGUGUAAACGCACCAAUGGUUCAAAUAAAUGACAACUACUAUGAGGAUCUGACACCCAAGGAUAUAGAAGAAAUCAUUGAUGAGCUCAAGUCUGGCAAAAUUCCGAAACCUGGGCCAAGGAGUGGACGUUUCUGUUGUGAGCCAGCUGGAGGUCUCACCUCUUUGACUGAACCACCCAAAGGACCUGGUUUUGGUGUGCAAGCAGGCCUCUAAUUUAUAUUCAAUUGUAAAGAUACCACUGGAAAAAUAAAAUAUGAAUCUCCUAUCUACAUAAA